AUGGGCGCACAGCAGGUGAAGCUUUUGCGCUCGCUCGACAAUGCGGAAGAUCGCACGAUCCUCGCUGGAGAGUUCGCCCGCCACGCCCCAGAGGGCACCCUGCAGCUGCGUGCCUUCCUGUCCUUCACCGCGCUUGUUGACCACCUCAUCGCCAAGCACGCCGAAGACGGCGUCGAAGGCGACGACGCGACCGCCCUCCUCUCCCUCCUCCACGACUCCUCCGCCACGCCUGGAAAGACUUUUCCUACGUAUGUCGAGGAGCACUAUGUGCGGGACAUAGAGGCCGCCGCACCCCAAGCGCUGCGCUUCGCCGGGGCGGUGUUCGUGGAGGCCCUAAGCGAUGAGCCAGCCAAGGAGGCCGCCUGGGUCCAGUCCCUGGCCGAUCAACAGGCACCCGGGCACCAGUGGCUCAAGGCCAUGGUCGCCUACGCCUACCUCCCCGACCACGACAUCGACGCCCAGCUCGCCACCCUCGCCCGCUUCCCUCUCGUGAAGGGCAUUCGUCAGAUCAUCAACCACCACCCGGAGAACCCAGGCCUGACCUGGCCCAAGGUGCACUCGGGCGACUACCUGACCACCGACGAGAAGUUCCGCCACGGGUACUCGCUGCUUCAGAAGUACGGCCUCUCGUUCGAUCUUCAGGUGAAUCCGCACCAGUUGAAGGAUGCGGCGGCGUUCGUGGCGCAGUUCCCGGAGAUUCCGGUGUGCCUCAACCACCUGGGCUGCCUGCCGUUGAAGGAGGGCACGCCCGAACAGCACGACGCGCUCAUCGCCACGUGGCGCGAGGGCAUGCAAGCGCUGGCCCGGCUGCCGCACGUCUACGUCAAGCUCUCGCAGCUCUGGUUCUCCAAGGACGGCUGGGAGAAGAAGGGCUCCGCCGAGGAGCUCCUGCUCAAGUCUCUCGUCAAGGAGACGCUGGAUCUGUUCACGUCGGAGCGCUGCAUGUACGCGUCCAACUUCCCGGUGGACAAGCUGUCGCUGACGACCGCCGACAUGUACCACCGCUACCUGGCCUGGAACGAGGAGUGGGGCCUCGACGCCAAGGCCCGCGACGACCUCCUCUACGCCACCGCCGCCAAGUUCUACCGCUUCAACAACACCGACUGA